CCCUUUAUGGUGACAUCGACUUACACUUUAGGGUGUAUGUAUGGUCGAAACAAACAUAAAGGAACAACAGAAAGGGAAGAUGAAAAGAAAGAAAAUGAACUCAAGGGAGACCAUCCAACAGGAAAGAGGUGGAGGAAAAGAAUACAGAGCUCGAAGAAAAAAGGAUGCCCAGCUACCCUUACAGUGAAGGAAGUCGUUAGGUUCCCACAAUUUAAGGUAGACACACAUAGCAAGUUUGCGUGUGUCGAAAGGAGCAAGGAUCUGAGGAAGGCUAUUCAAAACGGAGAACAUCUUGAGGCUGAAAGACGUUUUUAUAUAUCUUUCCCAUCAGAUGAAGCUCAUAACAACAUCCACCAGACUGGCACGCUUACUGGGUUUCUCAACCCAAUAAAUAAAGAUGUUAAAGAGAAAAUUCAUGAGUUGGUGGGACAUGGUGUGCAAAAUGUGCAGGAAAUGAAGCGACACCUGAAGAUAUAUGUAGAGACGGUUCUAUUCCCUGACCCUCAAACCCGGCCAGCGACAACACAUGCAGGUUUCUAUCCCCAUGAGCAGACAUUGAGGAACCACAUGUAUGUUGCAGUUAUGGCACUCAGGUAUGAGCCAAUUUUGUGAUAUUAAUAAUAGUAGUAGUGAAUAUAUAUAAUAUUAUGUAAUUAACAUCUGGUAAUGAUGUGCAGUAGUUAGACAAAGUAAAAUUUACAUUAUCACUAUCACAAACUUCAAAUUCACAUAGUCAUAAGUUUCACUCUUGUCAUUUCACCCAAAAAAUAGUAUUUUUAUUAAUAAUCUUAAUCCAUGUUGACAUUGGUGAACAUUUUUUGGUUAUUUAAAAUUACUUCAAUUAUAAAUUAGUAGAAUUUGUCAUAAUACUAAAAGAAGAUCCAACAUUUGUGUUAAAAAGUUGUGUGUACAGCAUAAUUAAACCAUUCAUAAAGUUUUGUAAGGGUUUCAUGAUAAAAAACAUG